AUGCCCGACGACGACAGAACUUUUUACGAAACACGGCUUGAUGCCUUCGAACUCUACCACAAUUAUGAAUACCCCGAACGUCCCAAGCCCAAUGUUGACUGGAAAGCCGCCGCGUUGCGAGGCCCGGCGCUUCCUGCGUUGGGACACGCUGUGGCCGGUGCCGCGGGAUCAGCAGUGUCGAAUGUCGCAACAUAUCCAUUGAAGUUGAUCGUGACAAGAUUGCAAAUACAAAGACUUGCAGCACGAAAGAAGCAGCCAAGAAGUAGCGACAAAGCGGAUAGACAAACAGGGUAUUCCAGUAUUCAAGAUGCAGCACAGAAGAUAUAUUCAAACGAAGGGGGAAUACGAGGGUUUUUCACUGGUGUAGGCGACGACACAUGGAAGACGAUUGCGGAUUCGUUCUUGUUCUUCCUUGCGUAUACCAUCCUGCGACAGCGAAGACUCAAUUCCAAAGUCACCAACAACGGGAAGAAACGGGCAGUGUUGCCGAUUCUGGAUGAAUUGGUUAUCGGUGUCCUUGCAGGAGCAUUUUCCAAACUAUGGACUACACCUCUUGCAAAUAUAGUGACAAGAAAGCAAACUGCAGCACUUGAAAAUCAGGCUAAGCCUCUAUCAACGAAGCAAGUCACCGCACAGAUCAAAGCCGAGAAGGGAUUGAUUGGGUUCUGGUCUGGAUAUUCCGAGAGCCUGGUCUUGACGCUCAAUCCAUCUAUCACUUUCUUCCUGAACGAAUUACUGAAAUAUCUGCUACUUCCUCGACAGAAGCGACAAACCCCUUCUGCUACGGUGACAUUUUUACUGGCUGCGAUCAGUAAGGCUAUUGCUUCGGCUAUUACAUACCCCGUCUCUCUGGCAAAGACUCAAGUACAAGCAGAUUCAUCUUCGAGCCAGAACCAAAAAUCACCCAAAGCUUUCGCCUUCAGUUUAUUCACAACUCUUCAAACUAUUGCAGCACAAGAAGGCAUCAACGCACUAUAUGACGGAUUAUUCGGCGAAGUCAUCAAGGGAUUCCUGUCCCACGGCAUCACAAUGCUGACAAAGGAGAUUGUACAUUCCAGCAUCGUACAUACAUACUACACACUCUUGAUCUUAAUGAAGAAAUACCCCAGCCCCGAAGAACUCAUUGUUCGCGCACGUCUCCAAGCUGAGGAAUACGCCGAAGUCGCACGCGAAGGAGCAAAGGAGGUAGCCGAGACGGUGAAAGAUGGUGUCUCUGCAGUGACAAGUCCAAAUGCGUCAAUUGAUAUGUCCUCGAAUGGGCCGCCUGAGCCCGAGUGGUCACCGUACGAGGAUACGAAUGAGUUGGCGGAGAUAGUGGGGGAGUAUGUUGAGGAUGAUGCAGUGGAAUGGCGCAGUUUCUAUCAUUGGUUUUGGAGUCGUAUCAAGGGAUGA